CGCAGCGUGCGGCGAGGGCCGCCGCACAUGCGCCGUGAGGAAAGAUGGCACCUGCCGGCUGCUGCUGCUGCUACUGCUGCUGGGGCGGCGCUGUGGCCGCCGCGGACGCCGCCCGGCGAGUCCUGGUGCUGCUGUUGCUGGGGGUCCUGUCCGUCGGGCCGCGCCCGGGUGCCCUGGCCACCGAGCACUACUCGCCGCUGUCCCUGCUCAAGCAGGAGCUGCAGCACCGGCAGCAGCAGCAGGAGGCCCAGGCAGGCGGAGGCUGCAGCCCGCAGUCAGGGGACUGGGGAGACCAGUACUCGGUCGAGUGCGGCGAGUCAUCCUUUCUGAACUUCCACGACUCAGACUGCGAACCCAAAGGGCCGCCACCCUGUGACUCACUGCUUUCCCUCAACACUGAAAAGAUCCUGAGCCAGGCCAAGUCUAUUGCAGAACAAAAGAGAUUCCCUUUUGCUACGGAUAAUGACAGCACAAAUGAAGAGCUAGCUAUUGCUUAUGUGUUGAUUGGCAGCGGUCUGUAUGAUGAAGCAAUAAGACAUUUUUCAACAAUGCUUCAGGAGGAGCCUGAUCUGGUUAGUGCAAUUUAUGGCCGAGGGAUAGCCUAUGGAAAGAAGGGAUUACAUGACAUUAAGAAUGCUGAACUUGCUCUGUUCGAACUGAGCCGAGUAAUUACCUUGGAACCAGAUCGUCCAGAGGUAUUUGAACAGCGAGCAGAAAUUCUAUCCCCUCUGGGACGAAUUAAUGAAGCAGUGAAUGAUCUCACCAAGGCUAUUCAGCUGCAGCCCUCAGCACGGCUGUACAGACACCGGGGGACCCUGUACUUCAUAUCAGAAGACUAUGCGACUGCCCACGAAGACUUUCAGCAGUCCCUAGAACUGAACAAAAACCAGCCUAUAGCUAUGCUAUACAAAGGUCUAACUUUCUUUCACAGAGGACUUUUGAAGGAAGCUAUUGAGUCCUUCAAAGAAGCCUUGAAGCAGAAAGUAGAUUUUAUUGAUGCGUAUAAAAGUCUGGGACAGGCCUACAGAGAACUGGGCAAUUUUGAAGCAGCCACCGAGAGCUUUCAGAAGGCGCUGUUGCUCAACCAAAAUCACGUCCAGACCCUGCAGCUGCGGGGAAUGAUGCUCUAUCACCACGGCAGCCUGCAGGAGGCCCUUAAGAACUUCAAGCGGUGUCUGCAGCUAGAACCCUAUAACGAGGUGUGCCAGUAUAUGAAAGGACUCAGCCAUGUUGCCAUGGGACAGUUUUAUGAAGGAAUAAAAGCGCAGACCAAAGUUAUGCUAAACGACCCUCUUCCAGGCCAGAAGGCUAGCCCAGAGUAUCUGAAAGUGAAAUAUCUCCGAGAGUAUUCUCGGUAUCUUCACGCACACCUUGAUACUCCCCUUACGGAAUAUAACAUUGAUGUGGAUCUGCCUGGAAGCUUUAAAGACCACUGGGCUAAAAAUCUGCCCUUUCUCAUAGAAGACUAUGAAGAGCAGCCAGGGUUACAGCCCCACAUAAAAGACGUGUUACAUCAGAAUUUUGAGAGUUAUAAGCCCGAGGUACAAGAGCUGAUCUGUGUAGCUGAUCGUUUGGGAUCGCUGAUGCAGUAUGAAACACCUGGCUUCCUGCCAAACAAGAGAAUCCACAGAGCCAUGGGCUUGGCAGCGCUGGAAGUCAUGCAAGCUGUGCAGCGCACGUGGACCAACUCGAAAGUGCGGAUGAAUGGGAAGACGCGGCUGAUGCAAUGGAGAGACAUGUUUGACAUUGCAGUAAAGUGGAGACGGAUCGCCGACCCGGACCAGCCAGUGCUGUGGUUAGACCAGAUGCCAGCACGGAGUCUUAGCAGAGGUUUUAACAACCACAUCAAUUUAAUCAGGGGCCAGGUGAUUAACAUGAGAUACCUGGAAUAUUUUGAGAAAAUCCUUCAUUUUAUUAAAGAUAGAAUUCUGGUUUAUCACGGAGCUAAUAAUCCUAAAGGACUGUUGGAAGUUCGAGAGGCUCUGGAAAAGGUGCACAAAGUUGAAGACCUCCUGCCAAUUAUGAAGCAGUUUAAUACUAAAACGAAGGAUGGGUUCACCGUGAACACAAAAGUUCCCAGCCUCAAAGAUCAAGGGAAGGAAUACGAUGGAUUCACAAUCACGAUUACAGGAGACAAGGUUGGCAACAUACUGUUUUCUGUGGAAACACAAACCACAGAAGAAAGGACACAAUUAUAUCAUGCUGAAAUAGAUGCGCUUUAUAAAGAUCUAACAGCAAAAGGAAAAGUACUCAUCCUUUCAUCGGAAUUUGGGGAAGCCGAUGCUGUUUGCAACUUAAUCUUAUCCUUAGUUUAUUACUUUUAUAAUUUAAUGCCACUCUCUCGAGGAUCCAGUGUCAUAGCUUACUCCGUGAUCGUGGGAGCAUUGAUGGCAAGUGGAAAAGAAGUAGCAGGAAAAAUUCCCAAAGGGAAGUUAGUUGACUUUGAAGCUAUGACAGCCCCUGGCUCAGAAGCCUUUAGCAAAAUAGCCAAAAGCUGGAUGAACCUGAAAAGUAUUUCACCUUCUUAUAAGAGUCUCCCGUCCGUGUCAGAGAUGUUCCCAACGUUAAGAUCAAUGAUCGAGGUGCUAAACACUGACUCCUCUCCACGUUGUCUUAAGAAACUCUAGUCACGCUGUGUUAUUUAUACAAGUAAAGGGCCGGACCUCUUGCUUCCUAAGUUAUUUUGUAAAACGUGGAAUUAUAAAGAAACUAGGUCCUUUAUUACUUUUGAUACCAAUUUUUGAUAGAAAUUGAAAUACUUGAAAUCAUUUUCUUUACUUUUUUGAACCAUAACAAAAAUCACGGAAGAGGGUUUGUCGGGGAAGAAAGCUCCACAUCAGGGCAGGAGAGUGUGCCCAGUGGCCAGUGGCCUUGCUGGCCUCCACUCACAAGCGUCAAUCGGCUCCUUCCUCACAGCAAAAAAGUUUACUUCCCAAACGAAAAAUCAGGCAUUAAAAGGAACAAAACCAAUCCUAGAACGGGAGCGUCUCCAUUCCUUUUAGAAAUUUGGGUAUUUUUCGAAGACCUCCUUCAUGUGCCAUUGCGAUAGGACAUCUUGUUUUCCCCUCACAUGACCUUCACGUGUGCGACCCCCAUUUUAUUUGAAGAUGGGCCGUUUGUGGGCCGUCACUGUGGACCACAGCACUCCCCACCAGGGACAUCUGUCUAUUGUGAAUGAUGCCAUAUCUGCCAGUGACCCAAACACUGGAUUACAGAACGAUGUUUUGUUUCGUGUGUUUUUUUUUUUCCUCUGUGUUGGAAAAAAUAAAUGCGGGGUGGUUUCUAUCAAUCACCGGUUUUUGACACUGGA